GGGGAUAAUACAGCGGAGCCGCCCGGGCUGCAGUCCCGCCCCGGAGCCGGCAGGGAGCAGAGCUGCAGGGCUGCCUGGUGUCUCGCGUCUGUCAGUCUGUUCUUGGGUCCUUCAGUCCAUCAGAACGUGCAUUGCAGGAGCAGCCACGAGGCCGGCAUGGCAGAGAGCACGGACAUCGCUGGGCUGGAGGAGAGCUUCCGCAAAUUCGCCAUCCAUGGUGACCCCAAGGCCAGCGGGCAAGAGAUGAACGGCAAGAACUGGGCCAAGCUGUGCAAAGACUGCAAGGUGGCUGAUGGGAAGGCCGUGACAGGGACGGAUGUGGACAUCGUCUUCUCCAAAGUCAAGGGGAAGUCGGCUCGAGUCAUCAACUACGAGGAGUUCAAGAAGGCCCUCGAAGAGCUGGCAACCAAGCGGUUCAAAGGGAAGAGCAAAGAGGAGGCCUUCGAUGCGAUCUGCCAGCUGGUGGCCGGCAAGGAGCCAGCCAACGUGGGGGUCACGAAAGCGAAAACAGGAGGGGCCGUGGAACGGCUGACCGACACCAGCAAGUACACGGGCUCCCACAAGGAGCGAUUUGAUGAGAGCGGCAAGGGCAAGGGCAUUGCAGGGCGGCAGGACAUCCUGGAUGACAGUGGCUACGUGAGUGCCUACAAGAACGCGGGCACCUAUGAUGCCAAGGUGAAGAAAUGAGGCCUGGGAAGGCCCCCCGGCAUAACUGCCCCCGCCAGAGGCUCAGGCCGAGGCCCAAGGGGCACGUGAAGCAAAGAGUCGGCCCCUAACCUGCCAGAUGAGCUACCCAGAGCGUCCUGCCCAGCCCCAUGGGGCCAGCCCAUCAGGUCUCUGACCCAGACUGCUAUGCACCCUCCUCCUCCUCCUGUGCCCCUUGCCAACUUAUCUCUCUCUGGAGAGUCUGUGCCGAUAGCCUCACCACCCCAGCCUGGCCCCAGGUAUGGCUAACCCUUGCCUGCUUGACUCAUAUUUAAACUGCUGCUCUGGCCAAGUGCCUAAUUCUUCCCCAGACCUCAAUAAAAGACACCUUUUGUACCAAAA